UUUGGGAUCUUGUCAGGAGCUGUACAUGGCGUGGCAUAGUGCAGGUGCCUGGUGGUGAGUAGGUGCCACUCUGGCAUUCUCAUGGUGUGCUCGUGUCUGCCCACUGCAGCCACCUUCCCUUGGCACUGCAGAGACAAGAGAGGCCCAGCUGCAGCCUGGCAAAGCCUGAGGACACGAAUUUGUGUUGUCCAAGGGAGGUGUGGGUGAGUGCUGCUGGUGCCCAGCAAGGGCCAUGAGCUGCUUGGCUGCAGGGUGAGCUCCAGCACAGGUGUGCACAGGCAGGUCCCACCCCUACUGUGUCAGGGCUUGGUCUACAGCCCUGAGCCUGAAAACAGAAAGUGGCAAGUUCCACAUAAAUGAGAGGAAGAACUUUGUGAGAGUGAGUGGAACAGGCUGCCCAGAGAGGUUGUAGUCUUCUCUGAAUAUACUCAAAAGCCAUCUGAACAGAGCCAUGGAUACCCAGAGAACCCUACUUCAGCUGGGAGGUUGCACUAGAUGACUUCCACUGGUCCCUUCCAACCUCUCCCAUCCUGGGAUUCUGAUUCUGUGACCUGUGGAGAUGAGGCACAAAGUCCCAGCAGUGCUGCCCACCUUGGGGGGACAGGUAAGGCGUGUGCUCCCCUGGGAGGGCGAGCGUGGCUGCACACCCGGGGCUGUAAGUGCACAGGUGUCUGUGUGUAUGUCCAUGUCAGAGUGUCCCUGUGUCUGUGACCUGUGUCAAGUCCCUGUGCGUGUCAGCCUAGGCCUGGCCGUGCGUGGCUGUCUGUCCCGCGAGUGUCUGUGGGUGUCCCUGAGCGUCCCCGAGUGUCCGAGUGUCCCGUGUCUGUCUGUCCCGCGAGUGUCUGUGGGUGUCCCCGAGUGUCCCCGAGUGUCCGAGUGUCCCGUGUCGGUCUGUCCGUGCACGGCGGUGCUGCGGCACCAUCUCGUGGCCGUCGGGACCGGGCUCGGCGGGCCGGCAGAGCCGGGGGAGCGCCGGUGGGACACGGACGCAGAGGAUGCUGACGUCGGGAAGGGGUAAGGCUGUGGAAAAUGUGCAGUAGUUUGUUUUUAAAUUUGCCAAGAAACGUGCAAUGAAACCCAGCAAGCAGAAGCUGAGCUUUUACAGGAGCAGAUGAAAAUGGAAGAAGUUUAAAUGCAAUCAGUGCAGUUACCCGUUGGGAAGUAACACAUAUCCUGUCAGUUUGUCUUUGCCUCAAAAUGAGCAUCCCACAGGAUGCCCUGCACUAGCCAGGGGCUCUGGAAUCACCAUGGCAGGGUUUUGGUUCGCACUGGGGUGCAGCACACAACACUAGGGUCAGCAAGGUGUGGAGCUGUGGGGCUGAGCACAGAGCCCGGGUGUUGUUGUAUCUGUUGAGCCACAAAUGUUUCAUUGUUUAUAAGCAUUAAGAAAGGCUUCAGAACCGCAUUUUUAGCUACAUAAGGCAAAUCCUGAGGAGUGAAACAGCUGUCUGUUGUGUCGAUGGGGGUGGUGUUUGUGAAACUAGUGAGUUACCCUGCUGGAGAUACGGGAUCACAGAGAUCACUGCCUGCAAACAGGCUGGUCUGGAGAUCUUCAGCUUUCCCUGGAUGUGACGAGUCAAGUGGUGCCAGCAGAUAACGCCUGGGGAGUACGUGACUGCGUCCCCUCCAAGGGGUUUCUGCCGUGGCCUCCUGCACCGGGGGCACAGCUCCUCUGCUGGCUCCCUGGCCGUCCCUUAUCUCCCCACACAGACUUGUGUCCUGACCUCACGUGAAACUGAGCCCGUGCCUGGGACAUGGAUAAAGAGCUGGCCAGGUGAUGAGACCCCCAUCCGGUGUCCUCACUCCUAGCACGGCAUGGCUCCGGUGGCUGAACUCGUUUGCAAGUGCUCAGCCAAGACAAUGUACCAGCAUUUCCUUUUCCUUUUCCUCCUCUCCUUCAAUCCCCAUAAAUGCCAAGAUCAAAUCCUGGGAGAAGAUCCAUAUGAAAAGCCCAAAGACUACCAGGAGGUCUACAGAGGGACAAAAAAUGAUGUCAAAGAGAUCCCAAAGAUUGCAAAGCCCUUUGUUUCUGAGAUGAUCUUUGUGCAAACCAGCAUCACUUCUAUAAAUAAAGGUGCCUUCAGGUACAUGCCUAACCUGAUCAAGAUUUUGUUCAUUGGCAACAAGAUCAAGACUGUUGAACCUGGAGCCUUUGAUAAUUUGGACAAGUUGAGGGACUUGGACAUCUCUGGUGCCUCAUUAGAAAAACUGUCUGUGGGCACUUUCCAAAACCUCCGAAGUUUACAGAGGCUGGAGCUGAGAGACAGUCAGCUCAGAUCCAUCCCCAAAGGCCUGUUUGAUGGGCUGGAAAGUCUGGGAGAGCUCUCUCUGCACAUCAAUGCAAUCUCUUCUCUUCCAGAAGGCAUUUUUGAUUCUCUUGUCAAUCUAACUUUUUUGGACCUGUCUAGAAACAGGAUCACAACUCUUCCUGUGAAUGCCUUUAGCAAACUCACCCAGCUUCAAGUCCUCCGGCUGUAUGAGAAUGAGCUGCAGGACCUCCCAGAGGGACUGCUAGACAGUCAGCUGGAGCUGCUGGAGCUCAGCCUCCAGAGCAACAGGCUCAGGGCACUGCCACCCAUGCUUCUGAGGAGCCUGCCUCACCUGGAGAAACUCCUCUUGGACAACAACCUCAUCAGGGUUCUCCCACCUCAGGGCUUUUUUGGUUUAAACAAGCUGAAGCUGCUGACUCUGGGCUCAAACCAUAUUAUGGAGCUCCCCUGCUGCCUUUUUGACACCAUGCCACACUUGCGGGAGCUGGAUCUGGGCAGGAACAGUUUGGCCACACUUCCAGAGGGCAUCUUUGUCAACCUCACAUCCCUUGGCAAAAUCAUCUUGUCCCACAACCAGCUAUCAGCCCUGCCAAGAGGGGUCUUCACUGGGCUCAGCAAGCUCUUGGACCUCCAGCUGGACACAAAUCAGCUCUUUGCUCUGGAUGAAGAGGUCUUUGCUUCUCUCCCAAAUCUGAAAACACUCAACCUUCGAAAGAACCAGCUGGAGAGUGUUCCCCAAGGGCUCCUAGACCCUCUGGAGAAGCUCAGCUCAGUGUAUCUGAGUGGUAACCCAUGGAGAUGUGACUGCAACCUCUGCUACCUGCACUGCUGGAUACUGGGCAACAAGGAGAAGGUCAAAUUGUCCUUCCAAAUCUCCUGCAAGAGCCCACCCCACCUGGCAGGGCAGGCAGUAACACUGCUGAGGGAUGAACACCUGAUUUGCCCAGGCACUCUGCCAUUUAACCCCACACUGUCACAAAGGACGUCAACAUUCCUGUCACGUGGAGCCGUGUCCACAGCAGCACCAGCCAUGAUGUCACUGGCAUCCUUUCCCAUCAGGACACUGCCAACCACUCUUUCACCUGCGGUCACCUCUGCUGUGAUGCCAACCAUGCCAAUGGAGGCUGCCUUCACCACUCUGUCACCAGCCAAGCCAUCUGAGGUCUUUGUCACCAUCCCACCACCAGCUGUGCUGCAGAAGGCCUUCAGCACCAGCCCAUCAACAACCAAAAAGCCCAAGACCUCCACCACCACACAAUCAACAAACAGUGUGAUGAAGUCCUUCAUCACCACCCCAUCACCAGCUGUGCUGCCAGAAACCUCCACCACCACUCCAUCACCAACCACUGUGCCCGGGUCCUUCAUCACCACACCAUCACCAGCUGUGCUACCAAAAGCCUUCAUCAGCACCUCAUCAUCAGCUGUGCUGCCAGACACUUCCAUUACCACCUCAUCACCAACCGUGCUGCCAAAGGCCUCCACUGCCACACCAUCAUCAUCAGCUGAGAUGCCCAAUGCUUCCAUCACCACCCCAUCAUCGGCUGUUUCAUCCUCAGCCAUCGUAAGGCUACAGUCUCCUGGGGCCACCCACCCAGAACCUGUGCCACCCACUCCAGCUUCUGCCACCACACGGGUGCCAACAAGCUCACUGGCAGCCACCACCAGACAAGAGCCUCCUGCUCUCUCAGUGCCCAGGGAGAGGCCAGCCACCAUCCCACAGGGAGCACCCACACCCCCCCUUGUCUCAGCCUCCUCCAUGGCCCUCUGGCCAUUCCCCAGGACUGCUGCUCUGGGCACAGUCCCACUGGCCUCACAUUCAUCACCAUCACAUCAUGCUCCUGCACCAGGCAGGGAAUGGGGCUAUUCCACCUUUGCCUUGUCCCAGCCCACCCCCAGUGCUCCCCAGCAGACUCCUGCCCCGUGGACCAGCCCAUGGCAGUGCCAGGUGUCCCUGGCCUUGGGGCUGGCUGUGCUGGCACUGCAGGCAGCCUGCACACUGCUGGUCGCCUUCCUUCUUCACCAGGACACCCGCCACCACCCCGGCCCACCUGUCAGGCUGCUGAGCCUUCAGGCUCUGGCUGCUCCGGGGACCCCCGAGCCAACCCCGGCACCACCUUGAGCUUUGCUGUCCCUGCAUGACCUGGGUGGUGCCAGCUCUCCUCCUUUGGGGUCUGCAGCCGUGCUGGCCGCCGGUGCGCUGACCCUGCCACGGGGGUCCCGGCACCCAGGCCGAUCCCGGGGUAGGGGCUGGCAGCAGCCCAAAACCCCUGUUUUGGGAUCCCGGCGAUGCUGGGAGUGCGGUGUCCCCGCCUGACAGCCCUUCUGCCAAGGGACACUAGAUGGCAUCCCGACACAGGCAGCGGCCACCGAAACGCCGCAGCCUCCGCAUCCGCCGGUCGGACCCGCCGCGCCGCGCACACGGCCCCGGCCGGGAGCCAUGGAGGGUCAGGGGGUCAGGGGGGUCAGGGGGGUCAGGGGCCCCUUCCCGGAUCUCCUCCCAUCCCUGCAAGGUGCUUGCAGUCCUUGGAGAGAGAUAGCACAAGGUUUCCUGCCCUGCAGCCCGUCUUCUUCCCUGUGCCACGUUACAGGAUGUGUCAGUCACUGUACCAACGUCACACUCAGACCUCUUCCCCUUCUCCCUUUCCUCUUCCCUGAUAUUAAAGCUUCCUCUGCAUGUCUGAUGGGCUGGUGAGAAGACUGUUUUCAUCCUGGGCUUUUCUUGCCGUGACCUGCUGUGGGGGAUUCCUGUUGCUUGCUGGAGCGUGGGGCCCCCAGUCAGUGCUGGGGUAGGACCAGGGCUGGCCAUCCACAGGCAGUGGCACUGUGAGACAAUGGACAAGCUUUUCUUCCCACUCUUAAAUCUCAUGUCCUCCAAAACCCCUUUGUGGUGCUGCCUGCCCAGUCCCUCUGGAAGACUGAUGUUUCAGCAUGGCUGGCCAUGUGCUUCUUUACCAUAACCUCACCUGGUGCUGAGCCCUGGCUGCAGGAUGGGAGCAAGUCUCUUGGGAAACUUGGCAGGAGGGGUUGAUGAGAGCCUUCACCCCUGCAGUCAUGGGCUCCUGCCAGGCCUAGGGAAGUGCCAAGCUUAAACAAAAGUAGCUGUUCCUCUGUGGUUUCUGCCAUCACAGAAAGUGUUGAAACCUUUUCUGGGAAGCUUUCUUUCAGGAGAAUUUGAGCUGAUUAAUAUGGGGGUGUUUCCCUUGAUUUGGGUCUCUACAUACCUUUUUUUUCUCUAGGUUCAGUAUUGAUCUUGCCCUCUGCAAGGUAAGCUGCUCCCAGAUUUGAUCACAGUUUCUACAGGGGUGCAGGUGUCUGUCUUCAGCUCCUUGCCAUUGCUGCUGGCGCCUGCUCCGUCUUGUCCUGGCUUCGGGUGUCCUUCCCCGAUUGUGUGGCAUAGGGGCUAACUGGCUUGGAGGUUUCCCAGGGGAGGUGUCCCUGAAAAGCAAAAGUCUGGAUGUGUGUUUCACAAGGAAAAGUGGGAAAGCAACUCGGAAACCUCCUGGCCAGUGAGCCCUGAGCACCCCAGUUCCCCUGCCUGAUGCAGGACCAGCAAGGGGGAAGGGGCUUUGUGCUGGAGUGCGUGCCUGCAGCUAUGCAUUAGGGACCUGGAUAUACAUCCUUGCUAAGAACCUGUGCAGUGUUACAGGCCCUUCAGCUGCUCCUUGAAGUCCUGCUGACGGCUGUGAAAUACGGGAGGCGAGCGGGGCAGCACAUCUGGGCGGGAUGGAGCGAGCGGCUCCGGGGCCAGGGCUGGCACAGCAGGUAAUGAGAUACAGAUGAGGGGGAGGGAGUGUUUUUUCUGGCAAUCCAGAUGCACUCAGCUUAAUACUUGAUUUAGAGGGUUUGAAAGCGGGGGCUGGCUGCUGGGGAACAGACCCCGAGCACUUCCCGAGGUGAUGAGGGUGGGGGUCUCUGCUGGCUUUUCAGAUAUUUAAUGGCCCAGCGCAGUCUAAACAGGGAAGUACUUCGGGGUGAGAUUAGCACAACAUAAUCACAUCUUAAAAGGUCUUCAGAGACACAAGGCACGUCCGCUCUCAUAUUAAUUACUGGUUAUUAAUAAAGCUGGGGUCAGGCACGAGGUGUUCGCUCCGGAGUGUGCCGGUUCCCUCUUUGCAGGGUGGUGCUGUAUCCAAAAGCAGCACAAAGCCCUGCAGCCUCCACCUGUGCCAUCCGGCUCUGGAAGCCAAAUGGCCAGCAUUCCUACAGCUGCUUUUAAAACUAAUUUGGCCCAUAAUACCCCGAAAGGGCCGUAUCUUUCUAAGUGCCCAGAACACCUCUAAGUGCUUCAGAGUGCUGUAAAAUAAUAACAGCCAAGGGUGUUCUCAGCACAGGAAUUUGCUGCUAUGAUCGAUUUGUAAUUUGCAAUGAAAAUACAGCGAGCGUGUUCCCGGGGCCAGGCUGGUGCAGCUGGCUCUCAGGCACGACUCCGCUCCCUCCACCACUUUAGGGUCAAUCCUUGGAGGGUUACAGCUGGGCUGGGAGGAAUUAGCAGCUGCUCCCAUUUGCCCCUGUUGGGGCCAACAGUGUACUCCAGGAGGGAAGGAGCUUAGAGGGAUGCAGGGUGUCCUGGGGGCGAUGUGCCUGAGCAGCCUGUGGGGCAGCACCCUGGGGUUUCCUCCUUGCUGAGCAAGACCAGCCAGGGAGCACAUGGGGAUGGGCAGAGCAGGGGGAUCUGCACCAGGGAGAUCAGUGUUUGCUGCUUCAGGGCUACAGCUCGCUGCAGUGAAGGUGUGGGGCUGGGGCAGUGCUGUGGAGUGCAGGGUCCCCAGCACACCCUCUCCACUCUGUUGAGUGCAGGGUCCCCAGCACACCCUCUCCACUCUGUGGAGUGCAGGAGCCCCAGCACACCCUCUCCACUCUGUGGAGUGCAGGGUCCCCAGCACACCCUCUCCACUCCGCUGUGGGCAGCCCAGGCAUCCCUUUGCAGCAUGCCACUGCACUGGGCAGUGGUUGAUAGUUUCUAAUCUCAGAAUUUCUCUGGUUUCCCUGAAUUCAGGUAAGAUUUUAGCAUUCACAGCACCAUGUGCUGAGGACUGCCCAAGAUUGCCGAUGAACUAAACAAGACAUCACCUUGCUUUGCUCUUCCUCUGCUUGCUGCUCCUUGCACAGGAUGCCCCUGGUUCUUGCUUUGGGAAAAAAAACAAAAGUUGAGCAUCCCCGUGUGGCAUCUCCACGCUGCUCGUGACACUCUACACCUCUUCCCAGUUGCUGUGACUGCCUGAGUCCCUCACAGCCUCAGGUGACCAGCUGUUAGAAGCAGAGACAGGACACACCAUACAUGUGUGUCCUUGAAUGGCGCUGGGACCAUGGGUCUCCAGCAUGGCCAGGGACUCCUGCAGCUGCUGCUGGCUCUCUUCCUGCCCUGUGCAGGUGAGAAGUGGGUCCCACUGCACUCUCACUCAUGCUGCAGCACUGACUGUAGCCCUCUGCAUGUUUCAGGAGAAACAUGCCCUGCCGGCAGCCACCCAUGCUGCGGGUGUGGUGGCCUGUCCCUGCCACCUGCCUCAGUUCCCUUUCCUGUCCCUGGGGCACCCCAUGGGAAGGAAGGGGGCUCGCAAGCAAAACUCUUUAUUGUGGCUCAUGGGAAGGGAGGCAAUGAACACCUGCAAGAGGGGAUUUGCACAAUAACCCACACAAGGAGCAAGCCUGGGCCUCUGCUGGGCAAGUCUCACUGCUGGCUUGUGAUGGGAACCUGUCCCAGCUCGUGGCCACGCUGCCACAGCUUCCUCCCUGCACGCCUGCCUCAUGUGCUGGUGCCAGACAUGCACCAAGCUGUGCUGGGAGCAGUGUCUCAAGAGCUGCUGGUGUGGUUUGAGAAGCAUGGGGAGCUGGGGGCUGACUGGUCUGUGUGCUGUGGGCAGAGGAAGAAGGAGCUGGUUUAACACUUGUUCCUGUAGGAGCAGGGAGAUGCUGGCAAUGCCACUGGAGAGGUGGGAUGGGCAGGUUGAGGACACGAUUUGGGGCAGGUCCCUGGCAGAGGAGGCAGCUGCUGGGAUCCGCCUCAUGCCCGGCUGCACAGGCACGUGCAGCACUCAUCCAUUCCCUACUGCACUCAGCAGAGAUGGCCUGUGGGCUGCCAGUCAUUGCUGCUGUGCUGCUGUGCCUUCUCGAUGCUGGUGAUGGUUUUGAACACCAGCACCACUCCUCUGUGUGUCCUCUGGGCAGUUUGUCUCUCCCUCUCCACACCCACUCACAGUACCCAUCUGGCCAGCUCAGGCUGCCUCUUGCAAGGAGCCCUGUGAGACACACGGGACAAGAGCCGAACUGGGACAUUCCUGCACUUGCUUUGCCCUUGGCAUCUCACAGCCCUACUGCAGCAGGGGCCUGGCUUGCCCAGGGGCAGAUGGGGCAGCAGGACACACAGAUUAGGGACCAGGCUCAAGCAGAUGAGGGGCUGACACCCCUGGCAUUCUCAUCCUGUCUGCCUCAUGCCUUGGGCUGUCCAGGCUUUUAUCCAGAGUUUGGGCAGGGCAUGAGAGCAAGGGCAAGAAAAACAAGCUGGUGCAUCCUCCCUUGGGCAGUGAGAGGGGCGGAAGUUCCUGUUUGUUUAAGGUGCAAACAAGUGCUGUUAAUCUGCUGCCUGUUUGUAUUUCUUUAGAGCCCCUGAGUGUGGGGGGAGCGGAGAUGGGGUCUCCCCUUUGUGCGGGGGCAGGGUCAGGCUAUUGGAAGUGGAGGUGAGAAAACACAGAGGGGCAGCUGGAACCUGCUUUGGGAGGGAAAGAUUUUUUUCGGCUAUUUAUGAUAAUUAGUGGGAAACGUUCCUCAAGUGUUUCAGAUGAUUCUGUAAUGAAGUUGGGUCGAAUGUUUCUGCUUUGUUCCCCUGGAACCAUUAAAAAUCCCCCUUCUUUGGCUGCCUUAAUGCAGUGCUGAAAAGGCACAAUGGCAUAAAAGUGGCUCUGGGCAGGGCGGCACGCCUCCCACCCCGCCAGAUAGAGCCCUUCAGAGCCAGAUUUUCUGGGCUAUAAACCCCAGAACUUGUAAUGUUCAUGCAGGAGCUGCUGUGCAUUCUGUGCCCAGCACUCCUUUCUAUCCCUCUUGCUGGUCAGUGUGUGUGAGCACCACUGAGGCUGGUGUGCUCAGGGGAGCAAUGGGCAGCACAAACACAGCAGAGCGACAAAGGACAGGCACAGCCAGAGAUGCCAUCACCCCACUGUUUACAGAAAAGCUACUUGCUGCCCGUGGUUGUGCUGAGAAUUUGCUGGGGUGAAAUGUUGUGCUGGGAGAGGACCAGUUUUCAUUCAGGGGAAAAUGAGGGGUACAGCCCAAAGGAAAGUCCUUCUGAUUCUAGGCCAGAUCCUGCCCCGUCUGCUGGAACCAGAGCAGAGCAAGAAAUCCAGGCAGGAACCUCCAGCUGAAUCAUUAGCAGUCUGCAAGAGCUGGCUCAGUCUCCUCUUGCUUUUAGCAGUGGAAGGCUUUUCCAGUGUAUGUGAUGAAAAGAAAAUCCACCUGCCUGAUCUCACACAUCUAUCAGCACUAUCUCCCCAGGGAUGAUGUGGAAAGCUAAUGGGAGCUCUCUUGCUAAAGCUGUGAUAAAAAGAGAAAAUGGCAAGAGCUUUUAGCAUACUGGUGGGGGCUGAAUGUGAUGGAUUUUGGCCUCCCCAUCAAUAUUCUCAUGUGGACUCCAGUCAAGUUCAGUGUCCUAGGCUGAGCACAGGGCUGCAGCAGGCAGGGAGGAGCUGCUUCCCUCCUGCUCCACUUUUGGCUGGGCAAGGACAGCUGGGGAGUGCUUAGGCACCCAAUGUGGGCAUCUAGCAUUGGCACAGUCCUGCAGCUCUGCAGGGCAGGAGGGAGCCAUGCCUGCUGGCCAGGAACCUUCCCUCCCCAGUCACAGGCAGUUUCUUUCAGAUAGUGACUGCUAACUGGGACCACAUCACCCUUAAUGUCCACCCCCUGCCCCGUGGCUGGAGCCAACAUGCCCCACUAAGGUACUAAAUCAUCUGGUUGUGAAGGAGAGGUUAAGGACUAGGAGCAUGGCUCCCCUGGAGCUGCCCCAUCCCUCUGCCUUGCCUGCCCCUGCCAUAAUCAAGCAGUCCUAUCAGUCCCUUCACUCCUUUCAAUGGGGGAAAAUUUGCAAACAAAUUCCUGCCAGCAGGAUUUUGAGCUCUCCUGUGUGGUGGGAUAAAGAUACCUGUCACCUCUGCCCUGUCCCCAACACCAGCUCAUGCUGGGAGCACAGCUGGGGAGGUCCAUGCUCUCCACAGGGCUGGUGACUCCAGGCACUGUGGGAAUGGGCUGGGAAGGCUCUCAGGAAGUGCAGAAGGGCUUUAGUUUGCCUUGAGAUAAUGUAUGGCUUGCAGAGAUGGGCGAUACAAUGAGCCCUGCUGUGAAUUAGCUGGAGUCUUUACCUCGGGUUUCUGUUCUGGCAGGUCCUGAAGCACCACUUGAAUUAUGAUGCCUUUGCCAGUUCCCAUGUUGGUGCCGCCAACCUUUAUUGUGGAAAAAUCUCAAGAUACACAGUAAAGUUUCUGUGGGAGCUGAGGUAGAGGUCCUGGCACUGAGAUGAGUAUUUGGAUGGUGUAUGUCUGCAGGCAAGGGUAACGGGUCCUGGGCUAACUGCAGUGCGUUCGGUCUCGGAGAUGCGGAUUUCAGUGCAGGCUGCUGCCUGCACCACAAUGAGCCUCCACACACAAAUGGCUCUCUUGGCAAAGUUUGCAGUGGGAAACCAGCUGUCUUGGUGUAUAGAAGUGAUGAUAUGGAAUGUGGCAGGCCCGUGGCUUGCUGAGCACAUCACAGCUCUGGCCAAGACUCUGGCAAGCGUGUUUGAUGGACCAGGUACCUCUGGUACCACCCUGCCAGCACAUCUCCACCCCUUCCCUCUGCUCCCCCCUAGGUCCGGCGAUUGCUUUCCAAUGAAUUAUUUACAUAAGUUCUCAGCAGCGGCUGGAGACAAAAGCUCAGGUACGGAGCAGCAGCGUGCUCCUGACCUUUCCCACCGCCGGACAAACGGAGCCAGCAGCACGAGGCGGGCACACAAAGGCGCUGCGCCGGCCGGAGCGCUGACCCCGCUGUGCCACAGCUACCUGCUGCUCUGCCACAAUGGCCCCGCGGCCCCAGCCGGCCUGCCGGGCCGAUGAAAAAGGGCCUGAGAUAAUAAUGAGCCUGACUACCACUGCUCUCUUCAGAGAACUGAGUCAACUCCUUGGGAAGAAAGGAAAAAAAAAAAAGAAGCGGAAAAAAAAAAAAAAAAAAGAAAAACCCCUCUUGGAUAAUAAAGAAGUAACAAAUGAAGACUGAAAGCCUAUAGAAGGCGUCUUAACCCAGUGAAGAAAAAAAAUGUCAACAUCUGUGGAGCUGUCUGCAAAAACAGACCAAACCCCUAAUGAAUACCCUCUAGAAAAGACAUUCACUCGAGGAAAGGCAAAAGGCUACAUUUUUCUAUGGAGGUAUAAAGAUUUUGAUGAAUCUGCCCUUUCCCUUUCCAGUGCAGUUGAACCAAGCACUAAUGUUCAUCUUCAGCUGUAUUAAAGAGUAUGGAGGGGGGCAGAGGGGGGAAGAGUCUUGAUCUGAAAGCUUAUGGGGAGGGUGGAUUUAGGGAGCCUGGAUAGAUGUCUGAGCACUAAAGCAAGGAAGAAAAGCAACAGGCAUUAGAGAAAAUACUGUUUAACAAGAGUUUCCUUAGUCAACCCAUUUGAGCAGAGAUUGGUGCGCCAUAAACGUAAUCCUCUUAGUGCUGACUUAAACGUGUUUGUACAAAACAGGGAAAUAUAAUAUGAAUGUAAUAGUCUCGUUUGCUAAAAUGCUUAAUAAAAAGACAAAAGUCUUUUAUUUUGAUCUUCA